GACCUGACUAGCUGCUGCUCUGUGCUGCUGCUCUGCCUGCGAACACACAGAAGCGUUGGAAACUGCUCCAGACACACAGCUCGCCCGGCGGAGAAGGAGACAGCCAGAGAGGAGGAGACGCACUCCGGCCAGAGACUUCAGACCACUCUGGGCCCUGCACAAUGUUACCCUGGAAGAGGAGCAAGUUUGUCCUGGUGGAGGCUGAAGUCAAGCCCAAACCCAAGAGCCUGACGACGGGGCUGACCUACAACUCCAUCAUCUCCUCCUUCAUGCGCUCCUGCCCAGAUCUGCUUCCAGACUACUCCUUUGAGCGCCUGGGGAGCAUGUUCAAGACCAAGAGGCAGAAGGUGGAGCUCAAUAAAGAGGACCCCACGUACACAGUGCGCUACCUGGGCAACGCCGUCACACUGACCGCCAAGGGUGAGGGGUGCACUGAGGAGGCAGUGGGCAAGAUCUGGACCAAGAGCGACUAUGGCGGCCAGAGUACCAAGAUGAAGUUGACCAUUGGGCCACAUGGCAUCCGCAUGAGCCACACGGACAAGGGGUCCAAGAAGCCGGGCCACUUCUACUUCCUGCACCGGAUCACCUACUGUGCUGCGGACCCCUGGCGACCAAAGAUAUUUGCCUGGGUCUACCGGCAUCAGAUCAAAAACAAAGCAGUGGUGCUUCGGUGCCACGCCGUUCUGGUCUCAAAGCCCGAGAAGGCAAGGGUCAUGGCUCUGCACCUUUAUCAGACGUCCACCUCGGCUUUCAACGAGUUCAAACGCCUGAAGAGGCAGAACGACUUCCGGCACAGGCAGCAGCAGCUCUUAGGGGAGGACAUGGUCCCCUUGGUGCCCCUGAGGAAACUCCUGAACGGGCAGUGCCACUACCAGCCGCCCAUGGAUAAAGGCAGGAGCGCUCCGAGGCUGUGCUCCAUUGCUGAGGAGGAAGAGGGAGAGGAAGAGGGCAAGGAGGAAAACAAAGAGUGUGCACCACCUGACAGCGACCAGGACAAGCAGCCCGAGAAGGACCUGGGCAAAAUAGUCAAUGAACUGAACGCAUGCAGCAUUAGCAACAACAACAACAACAACAGAGGGCUGACAAGACAGGGCAGUGUGAACAGACUUUUGUGAAAGAAAAGACACAAACUGGCUUUUGGAAAAAUGGACCUUGCUCUGUCUGAGGAAUCAGUUGUUCUUUCCUUUUAGUGGCAGAAACCUGUGCCACGCUCAAUCUGCCACCAGUGUGUGAUACUUUUUCCUGCUGGAAAAUGGUAAACCAAGAGCAACUUUUUCUCUCACUUCUAGUUCUGAUUCCCUUAUUCUCAUUUCCGCUACAAUGAGCUAAUUUUACAUCCAUAUGGGGUCUUACUUAACAGCUCUGACUGUCUUGAAUAAUUGGCAGCACAGUAUGGCCGUGUAUUUAACUCUUCACCAGACAUCAGACGCUCCAUUCCACAGCCACAUUAUCUUUAAAUCUUCAUCACUGUGCUGCACACAUUGUUAACUUGAAGGCAGUGUUGCAUAUAUUGUGAUAGAUUUAGCUUCUCUUGGUAUUGGCAUGAGUGAAUAUUUUACUACUGUACUUCACAGAUGUGGAAGAUAUCUUCUUUAACUGAUCUAGUUUACAGAACAAGAAGUACAAAUGAUGCAGUUUAGUAUUUCAGUAAAGUCACCCAUGUGGCAGGUUUCUCAGAUGGAUGAUUGUGAUAGUACUGUAACCGGAGCAUUAUAACCUGAUCGUUGUUUAAGUGAACCAAUUUGAGUGAUCGGUUUUAAAAAGAAUAUUGAUAAAACAGCUGACGAGUGGAACCAGGGAACUAAGAAGGCUAAUGAAUUAAGCCAUAACAUCAACAACAGAAUAUCUUGUGGACAUGUUUUUAGUUAUAAUUUAUGAAGGUAAUCUUGAAUUAAUUUGACAGCUAGGGACAGCACACAAGAGCCAUUUCAAUUUAGAGUUCUUAUUUUUUUUUAUUUUCAGUUUUGACCACUUUAUAGGAGCGUUUUAGCUCCACAUUGUGAGACCUGAGGUCUUGGAAAAAAUGCAAUGAUGUAAUGAUGGCUUGUUUGCAUUUUCUCUUGAAAAUAAAAGGUUAAUUAAU